GCGGAGGAGCCCUUUGUCCUAUUGUUUGAUCUUUUUGUUCAGAAAUUCUGUGCUCAUCGUAGCGUGACCCUGCACACUGUGGUACGCUUUUGAGCAGUAAUGUGUAUUUUCAUUUUCUAUCUCGAAUUAUGGGUUGUUUUCGGUAAAUAUGCUCAAAUAUGCCUGGUGAAAACUGUUGUAUGAAUGGUUGUGGAGUAAGUCGACGCAAAGGUGCGAAUAAUCCUGAUGGAAAGAUCGGAUUGUUCAAGAUUCCCGCAGCCAAGGAUGAAAAGUCAAAGCAAUGGCGAAAGGAACUAUUGAACAUUAUAACGAAGUAUCGAGAACAGGACGAAAGCUUUAAAAGACAGCUAGCAAACGAUACCCUUCAUAUAUGCGAGAAGCAUUUUGUGCCUGAAGACAUCACAACACAUCAUGGUGCAAAGCUAACAAAAAAAUUUCUGAAAUUUGGUGUGCUUCCAACCAAAGAGCUGCCAAAAAAAUCAAUGGAUCACCAUUUUCCAGAUCAGUCACAGAAAAGCCGGCCCCCUAGAAGUAUUGUGAAGGAUUCAGACCCUACAGACAGGGAAAAAAGUUGCUACAAAGAUUUCAAAGAUGUGUGUUCCAGGGUUAAGAAACUAUCUAUCAAGGACUGGCAUGUAGAUGUAUCUGAGGAUAAAAUUGAAAUAAAGAAACAUCAAGUUCCCUACAUACUUCCUCGGCUGUGUGUUGAGAUCAAUGAAAGCCUUUGCUUUACUAUUUAUGUGUUUAACUGGCGUAUUCCUGUUGAUCAUUUUCUAUACAAACAGUUUAAAAGGACGUUGAAACUGAUAACUAUAUCAGAGCUACUUCGGAUUAUUGAAAAUCUCAACAUCUGCAAAGGGCACAGUGCAUUAAGCCACUCAGGGAAGUCAAUACAGCACAGCAUCCCACUUUUCUUAGAAGAAGAUAAUGAAGAUAACCCAUCUUAUGCUGCAAAACAUUUUUAUCGUGCAAAAUAUUGUGAGGUGUUAAUAAAAGGAGAAAAUUGCAUGAACUGCCAAGAGAGAGAAAGGUUGUUUUGCAAGGAUGAAGCAAGGCGUUCUGCAAGACAAGCUGUUCCAGCAAAACUAAAAGCACCUGUUAGCAUGACCUCAGCCAAGAGAUUAAAGCUAACUUUGCAGGCAAAUAGACUCAAAUGCAGGCAACUUGAGUCAAAGGUUGAGGAGAUGGAAAAAGAGGUUGCAAGGCACAGUGUUUAUGUGCAGUCAGACCUCAGCCAUGAUCUGCUGCAAUUGAUCUCUAGACAUGGGGGCUCAAUGAGUCCCUUUAUGAAGCUCUUUUGGCAGCAGCAGCAAAAAAAUGCUUCAAGAAUGCCUAAAGGGCAAAGAUACCAUCCAAUGAUAAUUAGAUGGUGCCUUUCUAUAGCAUCAAAGUCAUCUGCAGCCUAUGAUGAGAUUAGAGGAACAUUUAAAGGUACAGGCACUAUAGAGCUCCCUAGCAGGCGACAACUAAGAGAUUAUAGCAAUGCUAUAAAACCAAAAACUGGGUUUAACCCAGAUGUCAUCCAGUCAUUGGAAACCAUCGUUUUAGACUACAGGCCUACAGAGAGGUUUGUUGUUCUGUUAUUCGAUGAGAUGAAGGUGCAAAGUGGACUUGUUUGGGAUAAGACUACUGGAGAACUCAUUGGAUAUGUGGAUCUUGGGGAUCCUGAUGUCAACUAUGCUACACUAGAUUCCCAAGACAACAUAGCCACUCAUGCCCUUGUUUUUAUGGUCAGAGGCAUAUGCAGCAAGUUACAGUUUGUAUUAGGCUACUUUGCCACUGCUGCUGUCACAUCUUGCCAAUUGUUUCCGCUAUUUUGGAAAGCAGUUGCAAUUUUAGAACUACGUUGCAAUCUAGCAGUUGUAGCAGCAACUGCAGAUGGAGCAACUGCCAACAGGCGCUUUUUCAAAAUGCAUGAGGGUGUCAGCAAUCAUAAUGAGAGAGAUGUUGUUCACAAGGCUUCAAAUAUAUAUGCCAAUGAAAGGUAUAUAUUUUUCUUCAGUGAUGCACCUACCUCUUAAAGAC